AUGAUAAAACUGAACUGGGCCAUGUACCGCCAGACAGCAGCCAAUACUCGUAUUACCCUGAGGACAUUUAGCGAUUGGCUGUACUCCAUGGCAGAGGCUGCAAGCUCUGUGACUAUCCCACCCGCCUAUUCGGACGAACACAAACAACGAGGAAGAAAAGAUGAUGGGUACCUAAAUGCCCACCGCGAAUCGUCUCCAAUCCCGGAAAGUAUUCUCGACACCGUUAACCCUAGCCGCGACGCUUGCUGUGUAUGUGAAGGAUCAUGUGACAAGGUGGACAAAUGCCAGAAAUUCCUCAAAUUGGACCAUUCCGGGCGAUGGGCGGCUUUGAGAGACUACAAACUUUGUCGACGCUGCCUGGGAACUCAUCGUGGAUCCUGCAGAUCUUCAUUGUCGUGUGGAGUAAAUGGAUGCUCCUUCAAGCAUCAUCGUUUAUUGCAUAAUCCGUUAGCAAAAUUUAAUGAUUAUAAAACCAAUAUCAAAUGUUCUUCUGUCGCAUUUCCUGUGAGGCUAUCAAAUCAACCAAACCUUUGUGAGCAAACCUGUGAACAGAAUGAAUCGAACGUUGAACCGUCCGGUGGGCAUAAUUGUAACACUCAUCGCAGCAGUUGCCAAUCCGUGUUAUUUCGCUAUGUACCUGUUGUUUUGUAUGGUCGAGGAAUCAAGGUCAAUACAUAUGCCUUUCUAGAUGACGGCUCGUCUCUGACAUUGAUGGACAUUGAGGACGAUUUAGCAAACGAAUUGAAGCUCGAAGGUAGUCCGCAUCCGAUCUGUCUACAAUGGACGGGCGAUACUUGCCGCUAUGAGGAUUCAUCGUGCCGAGUUUCUAUUGAGAUCUCGAGUACUCGAAACAAAGCUGCAAGGUUUUCUCUUUCAGACGUUCACACAGUAAAACAGCUAAAACUUCUAUCGCAAACGCUAUCUUUCGACGAGUUGGCUAAUAAAUAUCGCUAUCUCAGAGGGCUCCCAGUAGAAUCCUAUACGAAUGUACGACCGAGGAUUCUCAUUGGCAUCAACAACUGGCGAGUUGGGCAUGUGCUCGAGAGCAAAGAAGGAAAGGAAAAUGAACCUAUUGCAGCGAAAACGCGCUUAGGUUGGAUGGUGUUUGGGACGUGUUCUAUCGAUAGAUAUCCAGUUUCUGCACAUUAUAGUUACCAUAUCAGUUGCAACUCCUGCGAAUCUGAUGAGCAAUUGCAUAAAUCGGUCAAGGAAUUUUUCUCGUUGGACAGUUUAGGUAUUGUUAAAAUGGAAAAACCGAUCAUCGGCUGUGACGAUGAGAGGGCUUUGGUCAUGAUGCGUUCGUUAGCUACGCUACAAGGAAACUAUUAUCAGACGGGUUUGCUUUGGAAGUAUGACUGUGUCAUGUUACCGAAUAAUAAGAGUAUGGCGAAGAAACUAAUACUUUGCUUAGAACGAAGGAUGGCACGAGAACCAGAUUUGGCAAAUGCGCUGCGACUCAAGAUGAAAGACUAUAUGGAAAAGGGGUACGCCAGAAAACUGACAACUAAAGAAUUGGAGCAGUCGCACGACCGGAUUUGGUACCUACCGGUGUUUCCUGUAUUUAACCCAAACAAACCAGGCAAGUUGCGGAUAGUUUGGAAUGCUGCCGCGGAAGUGAACGGCGUGUCGCUAAAUGCGCUGCUGCUAAAAGGACCAGAUCAACUAAUCGGACUACCCUCGGUUCUGUACAAAUUCCGCGAAUACCUGGUGGCCAUCAGUGGCGAUAUUCGUGAGAUGUUUCACCAGAAAUUCCCCGCAGCCGUUGAUGCAAUACAGAAGGCCCACUACGUGGAUGACAUGCUUACCAGUGUGGAGAACGAAGACGAUGCGAUCGAACUUGCCAAACAAGUUAAACGAAUCCACUCACGCGGAGGGUUCGAAAUAAGGAACUGGGCCUCCAACUCCCGCAAAGUACUUUCAGCUAUGGGUGAGGAGCAAGUACCAGAAAAGAGUAUGGAUAUUGCCUCCGAAAUGGCUUACGAAAAAGUUCUGGGAAUGUGGUGGUCAACCAGCACGGACAACUUCACCUACAAGAUGUUUACGCGACGCAACGAAGAUGUUCUUCUGAAGGGGAAGCGUCCAACAAAGCGUGAAUUGUUGCGAACCAUUAUGUCCAUUUAUGAUCCUUUGGGAAUGAUUGCUCACUAUCUCAUGUUUUUGAAAGUGCUUUUACAGGACGUAUGGAGAUCUGGUGUAUCAUGGGAUGAAUGCAUAGCAGACAGGGAAUGGAAAAAGUGGAAAACCUGGUUGGGCUUCCUUCCAAAACUCGAGACGUUGCAAAUUCCACGUUGCUACCGGCUGUCUAUUUCAAUGGGGCCUUCCACCCGUAUUCAACUCCACACCUUCGUGGAUGCCAGCGAAGAAGGCUACGCUGCAGUGUGCUACUUCCGAUUUGAAGAGCACAACCAGAUCGAAUGUGCUUUGAUUGGAGCGAAAAGCCGUGUUGCCCCCCUCAAAUUUGUGUCGAUUCCGCGCCUGGAGCUUCAAGCAGCCGUAGUAGGCGCUCGACUUGCACACAGCAUUCAGCUAGGACACACGUACAAAAUCAGCAAACGUUAUUUCUGGACGGAUGCCCGCGAUAUUCUAUGUUGGCUCAAUUCUGAUCAUCGACGGUAUAGUCCCUACGUUGCCUUUCGCGUCAGCGAGCUGCUGGAGACAACAGAGCUCUCAGAAUGGCUGUGA